CACACUAGAAUCACGAUCUUCUCCUCCUUUACAGUAUGAUGUCUACAGUCUGAAAAUGAAUUGUGCAAGAGUUCUUCAUGGAUUUGGUAGUCACCCCCAGCCAGCUGUGAUGCCGGUCGACCUCGCUAUGUGUCUGAGCCUCAGCCAGACUCAGCCUCUUUAUCAACUGCUGUCCAUGUCUCCUCUGAAACACACACAGCGUCGUUGUCAGCCCGCUGACUGUCCGCGGAGGGCCAGCCUUUGCUCUCCGAAUCACUCCUCUUCUUCCCCCUACUCAUCCUCAUUGCUGCCCUACUCCCUUGUGCCCUCUGGGCCUCGGAGCUGUUUCCGCAGGGACAGCGGAGGUCCGAACAAGAAGCGCGUGGUGUUUGCAGAUGCCAAGGGACUGGCUCUCACUGCUGUGCGUCUAUUUAUCCCUGAGCCCUGUUCCCCUGCUUCUACUCUGGUGAUGAAUCCCUCCCCAACCAAACUGCAAAGUCAGCAGUCAACCUCAAACAAACUGCAGCGCUACAAGAUGCGUCUGGGCUUCCCUCAGCCAACGCUGGACUUUAAUGCCUUCCUUGCUCGUCUGCGAGAGAUGCGCGUACAGUUGGAAAGCUGCAACAUAUCAGAGCACUCUUUGAGUGGCAAAGUGCGUGUCUCCCAUGUCAGUAUGGAAAACACUGUGCAGAUAAGGGUGACCUUUGACUCUUGGCGGAGCCAUCAUGACAUUCCCUGCACAUUCCUGCAGCAGCAGCGCUGUGGGGGUUCUGAUAUGGAUGUUUUCGCCUUUGACUUAAGCUUACCAAAGAACAUAGAUCCAAAGAAUGGAGUUGAGUUUUGUGUGUCCCUCAGGCCUGGACCUGGCGCAAUGACACACUGGGACAACAACAAGGGGCAGAACUACAGGGUGUGCGUGGAAAAAGAUGGCACAAACGCUAACCAAGGCAAUGCUAAAAAAUUUUACUCCACACUUUCAAAGCAUCGGCUAACCUCCUGGCCUUCACAUGUGCCCUUCAGUAUGCAGAACUCUGCUGAUCUACAGUAUCUUCAGAGGAGUUUGUCAAGCGGAGUCAGAGCAGAGAUGAACACUGUGUUCAACUUAGUAGACAUGAAAUGAGCCCUUAACCUC